AUGAUCACGCAACUCUCUCAACUUUUAACUCUCAACUCUUUGCAGCUACUCUGCCUGGCCGUUGUCUGCUGCGUCCAGGCGGCUCUGAGAGCACCAGAGCCACGCUCAGCCACGCCCACUGCCAGUGAUAAGCAGGCGCCAGCUGGUGUCCUCGACUCCGUGCUGCGCGGCAAUGGCAAGAGUCGUCAGUCGCGCUGCGUCCGCUGCUACGAGGAUCGGUAUUAUGGCAGCAGCGGCAGCGAUCGAUACGGUGGCUACUCGAGCCGGGGCAGCGAGGAGCCGCGCAGCUCGUGGUACUACUCCUAUGAUCGCUACGAUGAUCGCGGUCGGGAUCGUGACUAUGACAGAUCCUACAGUCGCGAUGAUCGCUACAAGCCUCGCACCUAUGAUCGGUACGAGGGACGCGGCUACGAUGAUUACUAUAGACGCGGCUCCAGCAGCUACGAUCGCAGCCCUGGUUAUUCGAGCUACUCGGGUUACUCGGGCUACUCGGGCUACGACAGCAGGGAUCGUUACUCCGGUGAUCGCUACGGUGACAGUUCACGGGAUCGUUACAGUGAUCGCUACGGCGGUGAUCGUUACGGCGAUCGUUAUAGCGAUCGUUCGAGGUCAGGGUAUGACAAAUACGAUCCGUAUGACCGCUACUAUUCAAGGUAUGAUUAUCGCAAUUAUCGUCCAUGGGAUGAGACCUACAGAGGUCAGUCGGGCUUCGAUAAUUCGGGCCGUGGCUAUUAUUUUGCCGGCGAUGACGAUGAUCGUCGCUCGAAUGCGCAACCGUUCCACGAUCGCGAUCGCACCCCCGCCUCCCCCUGCGGCCAUAUGAUCAGCAAUUGUCCCUAUGACAGUCGCGGUGGCACCAAGGUCUCCUCCUCGGCCAUCGGCAGCGAUGGCUAUCGUGGCGGCCACACAAGCGUCAUGGGCGACAUGGCCAAGCCCAAUGGCCAGGGCAGCUGGACGUAUCUGGGCGACCAGGAUAAGCAAAGCUCACGAGGUAGUAGUGGUGGUGGCUCCAGUAAUGGAAGCGGUUCUGCGUCUGCUGCUGGCGGUGGCGGUGGCGGUGGCAGCUCUAGUGCAAAUGGCGGGGGUAGUGGCGGCGGGGGUGGUCGGGACAGAGAGCGAGAUGCACAGAGCUCUUCCUAUGGUGGACGACCACGCCCUCUAGGCGGCAGUUAUCUAUUCGAUCGGGACAGCAAUGCCGUUCCACAGAGCUCCAGCGAUGCGGCUAACUCAAAUGGUAAUGGUGGUGAUGGUGGUAAUGGUAGCGCCAGCAUGCCAGCAGCUGCGGCCCAAACGGCGGCCAAGCCAAACGAGUCCCAGGACAUCGAUGGCCAGGAUAAGACGAAGGCAAUGCAGUGAUAAUGCCUGCAACGGAGCAGCCGCAGCAGCCGCCUUGUAGGCGUGGCUUAACUUAAUUUCUUAU